AUGGAUCAAUGGACUCUUUCUGAUUUAAUUGAAGACCUUAUGGAUUAUAUCAUGGAGUUAGAUCUUACUACUCACGCAUUGAUGUAAAGAUCAAGAUUGUACAAGCAUACUUUUGUGAGCUUUGAAAUUGAUGGGAAAUUCUUUACCAACGAGCAAUGCAAGUCAACUCCAAUCAAAGGAUUGAUCCAUAACCUAACUAUAUUCAAAUUACACGCAAAUUAUGGCCUUGCAGAUGCUGGAUAAGUUUAGGAGGAAGCAGGUUUCUGCUCCAUUUUUUGA